CUCUGAUGGCCAACCACAGAGAGGUGCAUCUCAUGAUCGGCAACAGUUCUGGUUGGAGCAGUCAUGUGCCGAAAUUUUAGAAACUGAGCACUGAAGCUACGUGUGCAGCUGCCCCAUAUUGCCUGCCUGGUGCGUUCCGGGCAUUUUAAUCAGAAUCAAGUCUUGUCCGCAGUACUGACAUCAUGGAGGCUCGAAGCGCUGGUUCUGUGUCCAAAUUCAUGCUGGAACGUAAGAGCUUGGGAGGGGUCAGUGCUAUGAUGAUCCGCCGACAGAUCAUGUGGGCCGCAAGUGUCUGCGCCAUCGUACUCUGCAUGCAAGUUUCCAUCCAAAGUGUUGGGGCUGAGCCAGUACUUGCGUCCAGUCUGGGAUCCUGCAAACCCGUUCCUGUUCUCAAGGGAGCUCCACUGCAUUGCUGCCUGCCCGAACCCAAGAGAGCUCCAAUCAGAUUCAAGUUUCCGCGUAUACCUCGGACUUCCAGUGGUCGCCCGAUUCUCAGGGAGAGGAAACCUGCGCACGUUCUGUCGAAGGACCCUGAGUACGUCAGAAAGUAUAAUCUAGCUUACGAAAGAAUGAAGGCCCUCCCGGACACCGAUCCCAGAAGUUUCUACAGUCAGUGGAGGGUCCACUGCUCCUUCUGUAACGAGGCCUUCCAGCAGCGAAAGACUCCGGGCCCUCUGGGCCCAGAGACCGGCGUUCUACUCCAGGUUCACUACAGCUGGACGUUUCUUCCGUGGCAUCGAAUGUAUUUGUACUACCACGAGAGAAUUCUCGCCAGUCUGAUCAACGAUCCCACUUUCGCGCUUCCCUUCUGGAACUGGGACAACCAGUUGGACAAGGACGCAGCUAAGAUGCCCGCCAUGUUCUUCCCCGACUUCGGCGUUCCCAACGCUGCCCUCUUCGACGAGUUCAGAAACUCCAACCACUUCCCUCCCAAGAUCUUGUACCUGGGAUACAACUCCAAGCUCGAAGCAGAGGGCCAACAGAAUCUGACGGAUCAGCAAAUCAAGUACGAGAAUUUGUGUGUCAUGUACAACCAGGUGACCACAAAAGUCAGCGCUCGAGAUUUCCUCGGGGGACCUUAUGUUGUCGGAACUGAUAAUUCCGCUGCUACUGUCAACGUCAGCGCGGGUGAAGUUCCCGGAGAAUCUGGUGGGAUGGAGAGUGUGCACAACGUAGCUCACGAGUGGACCGGGCUCAUCAAUGACCCCGAUCACCCCGACAACGAGGACAUGGGCAAUUUCAUCUUCGCCGCCCGGGAUCCCAUCUUCUACACUCAUCACUCCAACGUCGAUCGUUUGUGGGACGUAUGGAAAACCCUCCCCGACAAGAUCACGAAAUCGGGUCACAGGAAGAGAAUGGACUACAACUCCAGGGAUUUCCUCGACAGCGAGUUCACUUUCUUCGACGAAAACCAAGAUAUGGUGAUCGUCAAGGUGAGGGACAGCCUUAACAGCGCCAAGCUCGGGGUCAAGUACACGGACGUGAGUGAGUCGGACAAUCUGUGGAUAAACUAUGAGCCCAUGCCUGCCCAGGAGUCCUCCAAGACCUGCAAUGCCAGUGACUAUCCUAAACCGUCUCCACACGGAGACAACUACAUCGGCACGGAUCCUGUAAGUUUUAAGCUGGAUCGUCGAGCACCAACGAACAAAGAUUGCCAAGAGAAAGGAUUAAGCAAUGUGGAUGAGUUGCAGGAGAACGUGGUGCUGGAGAAGGUGAAGAUCCCACACGCAGAUUACGCCAGAUUUGACAUGUUCAUCAAUUACCCGGCAGCUCACAGGCAGUCUCAUCUUUACAUGGCGGAGUACGUGGGUACGUUCACUCAUUUGCCUAGCGGCAUGGUGGACAUGAGCAACUCUGUUUCUGAAACGUCGAGCGAAUCCGAGAAGUACCGAAUUGUAACUAUCCGGUACUCCGUCAAUGCGGCGCUGAAACGACUGGGCAUCACAGAUUACAACACUGACAUCGUAGUGACCAUUGUCUCCAAGGGCAAGAGGAACAGCAGCCCGAAGAGCGGAUUUGAGUUUUCCGACCUCAAACAAGACUUCCAGUAAGUGUGAGGAGUAGCCGUGUCCGAGUUUUACCUUAGCCUUGGUAUUAACAUUUAAUGCCGAUGGUGGUCAAUUAGUAGCUGAAUCAUUCCUUUCUUCAGAAUUGAAUACAAUAACUUUAUCCACAGUUGUAAGACUAAACCCAGGCGCAUCUCGGGAAAAUGAGAGCUUCGAGUUCAGUUCUAAAGUGGAAUGAAAAACCUGUCACCCAAAGCUUCAACAGUGAAGCUCCGAUCCACACACUCAGUGGGUUCUUUGCAAAUUGUUUGGACGAUUUUGGCUGAAGAUGCAGUCAUGCCAACGAAUCAAUAAAUU